AAGGCGGUUAUCAAAAUCGGUAAAAUCACAAACAAAGAAAUCAUCAACAACGAAGAAAAAACCCUGUUCAAACUCAUAUUAAACAACAUAAUCGAAGAAGCCAAAAAAAGAAUUUGCGAAAAAAUCAUCAAAAAACAUCAAGAUCUUUUCGAUGAAAUUGAAAGUAAAAUCAAUAUCUGUUACAAAGAAGAACUCUUUGAAUUUUUAAAUAGUACCAUUGAAGAUUUUGUUACUGAUGAUAUUGAUAAAUAUGUAUUCGCAUCAAUCUUUCAUAUAUUUACCAAAUAUUACUGCUUUCACGUUUCUGUUGGUGAAGAAUAUAAUCUGCUUACAAAAGAUAAAAAAAUCUUUUUUAAGAAUUUAUUAACAAAAGUAAUUGAAUAUCAAGCACAAAAAUUUG